CUAUUGCGAGACUCCGGUAUAUAGUCCGGACCUGAGUCCCAACAUGAUUGCGGCUCAAGCCAAGCUGGUCUAUCAGCUGAACAAGUACUACAACGAGCGGUGCCAGGCUCGGAAAGCCGCGAUCGCUAAGACCAUUCGAGAGGUGUGCAAAGUGGUCUCCGAUGUCCUUAAAGAAGUGGAAGUCCAAGAGCCUCGCUUCAUCAGCUCCCUUAGCGAAAUCGAAACGCGCUUCGAAGGGUUGGAAGUGAUCGCUCCAACAGAAUUUGAGGUGGUCCUUUACCUGAACCAAAUGGGGGUCUUCAACUUCGUGGACGAUGGCUCACUGCCUGGCUGCGCUGUGCUAAAACUGAGCGAUGGGCGCAAGAGGAGCAUGUCCCUUUGGGUCGAAUUUAUUACAGCUUCGGGCUAUCUGUCAGCCCGGAAGAUCCGAUCCAGAUUUCAAACCCUGGUAGCACAGGCAGUGGACAAAUGCAGUUAUCGAGAUGUGGUGAAGAUGGUGGCGGAUACGAGCGAGGUAAAACUAAGAAUCAGGGAGCGUUACGUGGUGCAGAUCACGCCAGCUUUCAAAUGCACGGGCAUCUGGCCCAGGAGUGCGGCUCAGUGGCCCAUGCCACAUAUCCCCUGGCCCGGUCCAAAUCGGGUGGCUGAAGUUAAGGCUGAAGGCUUUAACCUUCUGUCCAAAGAGUGCUACUCCCUGACGGGCAAGCAGAGCUCGGCCGAGAGCGACGCUUGGGUUUUACAGUUCGGUGAAGCGGAGAACAGGCUCCUGAUGGGCGGCUGCAGGAAAAAGUGCUUAUCCGUGUUGAAGACUUUGCGAGAUCGACACCUCGAGUUGCCAGGGCAGCCCCUCAAUAACUACCAUAUGAAGACACUACUGCUCUACGAAUGCGAGAAACACCCCAGAGAAACCGAUUGGGACGAGUCAUGCCUCGGUGACCGCCUCAACGGCAUUCUGCUCCAACUCAUCUCCUGUCUCCAGUGCCGGAGAUGUCCUCAUUACUUUCUUCCAAACCUAGAUCUUUUCCAAGGAAAGCCUCAUUCCGCCCUGGAAAGCGCGGCUAAACAGACUUGGCGAUUGGCAAGAGAAAUCCUUACCAAUGCAAAAAGCCUCGAUAAGCUAUAG